AAGGAGGGGUCACCACCAAAAAAAAAAAAAUAUCCACCAUUGAUUACAAAUCACCAUCAUCAUCAUCAUCAUCAUACAUAUAUACUAUUAGAUUAUAAAAAAAAAAAAGAUUAAUAUCAAAUUAAAAUUUUAUUUCUUUUAACAUUCUUUCUUUGUCGUGUCAAAUUCUUUCUAUAAGAACCCAACCUCAUCCUGACCGUCGGAUCUUUUUCUUCACCACCUUUCUCUCUUCCGGCAACAUUCUUCUUAUUUUUCUUGGUCUCCAUCAGUUGCUGGUGAGUAGCUUCUGAAGCUUUUUCCUUCUUUCUCCAAAGAAACUCUCUCUCUCUUUCAUUCACUUUCUUCGAGCCAUCUUAGCGCCUCCCUUUUUUUACGAAAGCUUUUGCAGCAAUCAAGCUUCCACUUACAAGAUAGAGAGAGAGAGAGAGGGAAAAAAAAAAAAAAAAAACAAUGAGAAAGAUGGAUUAUUAGGGCAUGUGUGUGUUUGUUUUCAUUUUGUUUCGCUUGCUAUUUAACUCUUUCUCUUCUCUGUUUUCCCAUUCUUCAAACCCUUUUUCCUUUUCCUUUGUUUGGUUUUUUUUCUUUUUUUCUUUUUCUCCUUCACUACUUUCUCUCUUCAUUUCCUCGGGAUCUGAAUCUCUAAUCUCUUUCUCUUCCUCGAAAAGUACUAGACAUAGAAUAGUUUUGGGGUUGUGAAGGAGUUUCAGUUCAAUUCCCGAGGAUCACUUUUUCUUUUGCUUUCUUUUAUAUUUUUAUAUUUUUUUUUUCUUGUUUGUUUGUUUCUUUUUUGUCUGCUUACUAAUUAGUGCGCUUAUAGAAAAGAAAGGAAAAAAAGUCAAAAAAGAGUGACGAAAGCUAAGCUUAUAAGAGUGUGUUUUCUGUAUAGUAUAAACUGAUUGGUGGAUUAACAGCUUCCGUUUCGACCAGAUCUGUGGGAAGACUUUUUAGCUGCGAUAGGUUGCAACUAUACAGCGAAUUUAUAGAUCAAGGUUUUGAUCCAUCCUGGAGAACAUGAAUACCUUUACACAUGUUCCUCCAGGUUUUAGAUUCCAUCCCACGGAUGAAGAACUUGUAGAUUAUUAUCUCCGGAAAAAAAUAGCUUCGAAAAGGAUUGAUCUGGAUGUCAUCAAAGAUGUAGAUCUUUAUAAAAUUGAACCAUGGGAUCUUCAAGAACUGUGCAAAAUAGGAACUGAAGAGCAGAAUGAAUGGUACUUUUUUAGCCACAAAGAUAAGAAGUAUCCUACUGGAACUCGAACAAAUAGGGCAACAAAGGCAGGAUUUUGGAAAGCUACUGGACGAGAUAAGGCUAUUUACUCUAGGCAUAGCCUGAUUGGCAUGAGAAAGACUCUGGUGUUUUAUAAGGGUAGAGCGCCAAAUGGACAAAAAUCAGACUGGAUUAUGCAUGAAUAUAGACUGGAAACCAAUGAAAAUGGAACUCCUCAGGAAGAAGGAUGGGUUGUCUGUAGGGUGUUCAAGAAGAGGAUGACAACGGUGAGAAAAAUGGGUGAUUAUGAGUCUCCAUGUUGGUACGAUGAUCAAGUCUCAUUCAUGCCAGGGGAACUCGAAUCCCCGAGGCGAAUUUCACACCCUUACACAUCAUACCACCAUCACUAUGCCUGUAAACAAGAGCUGGAAUUGCAAUUCAAUAUGCCUCCUGAUCCUUUCCUUCAGCUCCCCCAAUUAGAAAGUCCCAAAGUUCCUCAAUCAGCAGGCAGUGUAACUUGUAACUCGGUAGUAGUUCCGUCGUACGGCUUCGAUAGGAACAACAACAACAACAACAAUGGAAGUACCAUGCAGUCUUCCACAUUGACACAAGAAGAGCAACUUCAACAAAACAUGAAUUCGAUUUACAACGAGCAAGCUGUUGAUCAAGUCACGGAUUGGCGAGUCUUGGAUAAAUUUGUUGCUUCACAGCUUAGCCAUGAUCAAGAUGCUCCAAAGGAAAACAACUAUUCCUUAAAUUCAUCAUCAACGGUCUUUCAUGUGGCUGAACAAAUGAAUCUGCUUGCCAAUGAGUCCAAAAGGCCAGAAAUGGGACAGGAAUACGCAUCAAACUCGACCUCAACCAGUUGCCAAAUCGAUCUUUGGAAGUGAAAAGGGAAAAAGAAAAAAGAAAAGAAAAAAACAUAUCAUACAGUAAUUAGUUUUAUACAUAUACUAAUCAUAGGAGGUACAGUUUAAAGGGAAGGUUAAGAAAGUUAUGAUCGAUCAUGCAGGGCUGCUGUACAUAAUAAAAAAAUGGAACGAGACCGACCUACGACGACUUACGUACGUAUUGGUUUUAGCAGUUCACCUUUUUUGUGACUGGUUAGAUAUAUGUCUAUGAUACAAAAUAAAAAUGGUAAUGCUAGGUGGGACUAUAUAUAUAUAUAUAUAUAUAUAUGGCCCAGCUGGUCAAACUAUUGUGGAGUGUAUAUUUUUGCCUUAUUGCACCGAAAGUUUUAUCCGAAAAGGCUUAUUAUUGUAACCCUCCUUUGUCCAUAUAGACAUGAUCAAUAUGUGUAUGUUUCUACAUGAAGUUUAGCAUUAUAUAUAACAAAGUUAUAUAUUUGUAUUCUGUAUUUGUAAUGGAAUAUUAUUCAUCAUGAGAGUGUUCUUUUUUUU